CUUGAAUGCGAACUGCAUCAAGCGCAAUCGCAGUCUGUCGAGUCAGCUCAUCAAACCGUGAAGCGUAGGCGAUCCAAGAUGGCCGCUGUUGUGGAGAAUGUUGUCAAACUGCUGGGAGAGCAGUACUACAGGGAUGCCAUGGAGCAGUGUCACAAUUACAAUGCACGACUCUGCGCUGAGAGGAGUGUCCGCAUGCCCUUCCUGGACUCUCAGACGGGCGUGGCCCAGAGCAACUGCUAUAUCUGGAUGGAGAAGAGACACAGGGGACCAGGUGGGACGCAUGCACACAGAAAAUGCGUUCUGUAUGGGAUGGCUCCUGGACAGCUGUACACGUACCCUGCUCGUAGAUGGAGGAAAAAGCGGCGAGCACAUCCCCCAGAGGACCCCCGCCUUGCAUUUCCUCCCCUCAAAUCAGAGCUGGACCUGGGGCUGAAGAAGGACUCGCUGGCCUCCUCGGACGGCAGCAGCCUGGAGGCCCUGCUGAAGGCCGAGCCGCUGGAGAAGCGAGCCGCCCCGGAGCUGCGGGGGCCCGAGGACGACCCCGGCCUGGCCGAGUACACCGGCGGAGGCCUCAACCCCACCACCCGCGCCAGGAAGAGAAUCCUCGAACCCGAUGACUUCCUGGAUGACCUGGACGAUGAAGACUAUGAGGAAGACACCCCUAAGAGACGUGGGAAAGGAAAGGGAAAGGGCCGCGGUGUGAGCAGCUCGCGGAAGAAGAUGGACGCUGCCGCCGCUGCCCUGGAGGACCGGGACAAGCCGUACGCCUGCGACAACACUUUCAAACAAAAGCAUAUUUCAAAACCUUCUGAACGAGUCUGCGGGAAGCGCUAUAAGAACCGCCCGGGGCUGAGCUACCACUACGCCCACUCUCACCUCGCCGAGGAGGAGGGCGAGGACAAGGAGGAGGCCGAAAUGCACACCCCGACCCCGCCCCAGCCGGAGGAGCCCAAGACACCCAAAAAAGGACCAGACGGCCUUGCGCUGCCUAACAAUUACUGUGACUUCUGCCUGGGCGACUCCAAAAUCAACCACAAGACGGGCCAGUCGGAGGAGCUGGUGUCCUGCUCGGACUGCGGGCGCUCAGGUCACCCGUCCUGCCUGCAGUUCACCCCGGUCAUGAUGGCGGCGGUGAAGACGUACCGCUGGCAGUGCAUCGAGUGCAAGUGCUGCAACAUGUGCGGGACUUCAGAGAACGACGACCAGCUACUGUUUUGCGAUGACUGUGACAGAGGAUACCACAUGUACUGCCUCAGCCCCCCUAUGGCUGAGCCCCCUGAAGGAAGCUGGAGUUGUCAUUUGUGUUUGGACCUGUUGAAAGACAAGGCCUCUAUAUACCAGAACCAGAACGCGCCUCCUUCGUGAUAGGGUUCAUCCUGACCUGGUCGUCAAACCUCCCUCCCGCUCCUCCCAGCUCCGUCCACGGAAAGUCUGCUUUUUACAGGUGACGGCGGGAAUGCACUAAAUCCGCUGCAGACCCCUCUGACGAGGGAAACUGUCGCGCCCCCCGUCCUGGAGCGGGACAGGGGAAUGCAGAGCAGCCCAAACAGAGCCCCACUUUCACCUCCCUCCUGGUCUGUUUGUACUAUGACUGUUACAGUUCCAAACCACUUUGUUUUCAACCCUUAGCAUAUCCUUGUAAU